CGGGCGAUGCAACAACUCUCGAGACCACCAGCAGUGGAACACCUCGCACUUCCACCAGCAGCAGAGAGCAGCAGUCUGCACUCGCCGCGCGGCGCCCGUUAGUGCUCUUUGUGGUUUUGACUCCGCGUGUGCAGCGAACGUCUAGGCCGCAUUUUGACCGAAUAAUCAUGCCCGUUCCAAGUGGUGACGUGAUCGUGCUGCAGCAGCAGCCCACUCUGCAGCUCGAGGACGUGUUCAAGCUGCGCUCGGACACGCGGGACAGCAUCUCCUCGACCGACAGCGACGUCUCGCUGUCGUACGACGACGACGGCGGCGCCGCGUCGCCGCCACCGUCGACCCAACUGCUCGGCGUCGCCGCGUCCGAACUCAGCUCGGCGUCCGACUCGGAGGGUUGCAAGGACUCAGGGUGCGAGGCGCCCGCCGACGAGGACACCUUCGUCGCGCCGGACGAGCAGCUCGCCGCCAGGAUCGUGCAGCAGGUCGAGUUUUACUUCUCCGACGUCAACAUCACCAAGGACGCGUUCCUGCUCAAGCACGUGAAACGCAACAAGGAGGGCUACGUCUCGCUGAAACUCAUCUCGAGCUUCAAGAGGGUCAAGCACCUGGCCAAGGACUGGCGGGUGGUGGCCCACGCGCUCGCCACCGGCUCGCGCCUUCUGCAGGUAAACGAAGCCCAAACCAAACUGCGCCGCAUCGCGCCCCUGCCCCGCUACGACGACACGGCGCCCUCGCGCACCGUCGUCGCCCUCGAACUGCCCCUCGAGAAGCCGACCAUCGAGAGCGUCGUCGACCUGUUCGCGCCCUGCGGCAAGCUCGCCCUCGUGCGCAUCCUCCGUCCCGGCAACCCCGUCCCGGCCGACGUGCGGCCCUUCGUGGCCGCCCUGCCCGAGCUGGCCACGGCCGUGUGCGCCCUGGUCGAGUUCGAGGACGCCGACGGCGCCCGGUGCGCCCUCGACCGGCGUCCCGCCUGCGCCCAGGCCGCGCCGCUCACGCAGUGGGCCGCCAUGCGGGUGCUCGCCCUCACGCAGAACAACUCGGUGGUGUCGUCCGCGCCCCCUCAGCAGCAGCAGCAGAAGGAGCGCAAGAAGCGCAGCGCCAAGCCCAAGCAGCAGCGUCCGCCGUCGGCCGGCUACGAGUCGGCGUGCGCGUCCGACGCAGAGUUCGACACGUCGCGCCGUCGCAGCUCGACCGCGUCCAGCGUCUCGUCGUGCCGCUCGUCGCCGCUGGCCAGCCCGCUGCGCCUGCAGAACAUCCAGAUGUCGCCGCUGUACCAGUUCGUCAACGCCGAGCCGUACGUGCCGCGUCGCCAAAGCGCCUGCUACUACCCGCAGCCGGCCAGCCCUCUCACGGCCCGCCCCCGCUCCAACACCACCCCCAACGUGCUGCGAACCCUGCCCGAAAACGUGUUGCGUCUGCCCCGCGGCCCCGACGGCACCAAGGGCUUCAGGCAGCGGCUGAUGCAGCAGGCGGCGAGGGCUCGCUCCGUCUCGACGCCCGUCUGUCCCUCCGCAGUGCUCGCCCAUUGAAACUAAGACUGAUCUGAAUGCACGAACGUCUGAAUGUGUCCGGUGCGUGAGAGACAGAGAUGAAGCGUUUGAAUGUGAGAGAGCGAACGAGCGAGCGCCACGCUCGACUAUAAACACUGUGAUUUUAUUACAAACAUGAAAUGAUCAAUUCCUAUAUUUAAAACAUUUCGUGGACAAAAGUGUGUAAUAAGUGAAAGAUGAUUUGGCAUGCCCGAUCCAGCAUGUUUCUAUUUUUGAUCUUGAGACAAAAUUACAUCAUGAUUUUAAUGUGUAAAUUGUACGCGCAGCUGCACCAACGAGAAAAUCUUGUGUGUGAGUCACAAUUAUAAUUGAAAGCUGCUUUUUUUUGUGUAAAACAAGCGAAACACAUUUGUAUUUGUGUCUCUUUGUGCGGAUUUGCAUUCUCCCACGCCAUAGUUUGUAGAUAAAUUAUUAUUUUAGAGAAAAAAAACUCAAUAAAACGAAUAAAAACUAAUAAAAAGAA